AUGUUAACUAGAGCAAAAACCAGUCUUCAACACAAAACUGCCCUUAUCAUAUCUGGCCAAGUACCUAUUCUACCUGAACCUAAUUCAGUUACUAAAGGCUUGGUCAGUAAUGAAUGGAGAGAAGCCAUGCAACUUGAAUAUGAUGCAUUGGUAAAGAAUAACACUUGGUCCCUUGUUCCCAAGAUGAGUGAUAUGCAGAUUAUUGGUAACAAAUGGGUCUUUAGGACAAAGUUUCAUGCUGAUGGGUCUCUCCAAAAGUACAAAACAAAGCUGGUUGCCAAGGGGUUUCAGCAAACCCCUGGGUUGGAUUUCUUUGAAACUUUCAGUCUUGUAAUUAAGCCUUCAAUCAUCAGAAUUAUCCUAACCCUUUCUGUGACCAAUGGAUGGGACAUUCAACAAGUGGAUGUCAAUAAUGCCUUCCUAAAUGGCACCCUCAAUGAAACAAUCUAUAUGAGGUAG